AUGGGUUCGCCGAUUUCGGGAUUCAUCGCCGAGGCGGUCCUGCAACGGUUAGAGUCGCUGGUCUUCCAACACCACAAACCGACGUUCUGGGCCCGGUAUGUGGAUGAUACCUUCGUCGUUAUCGAUCGGGAUCAACUGCUGACAUUCAAGGAACGUCUGAAUGCGGUCUUCCCGGACAUACAAUUUACGAUGGAGGAGGAAGAGAACAACCAGCUGGCCUUCCUGGAUGUCCUCGUAUGCCGCAAGGAUUGUGGUGGACUAAAGACCAAAGUGUUCAGGAAAGCGACAAAUACGAUGCAAGUACUGAACUUCAACAGUAACCACCCAAUCAGCCACAAACGCAGUUGUGUAAGGACGCUCUUUCGGCGUGUCGAAACGCACUGCAGUGAGCCGGAAGACAAAAUUGCUGAACUACAAUACCUCCGACGGGUAUUCAAAGCCAAUGGCUACCCGAGCAACUUUGUCAACCGGUGCAUACGCAAAAUGGACCAAAGGCCUAACCGCAGGGACACCAAAGUUUGGCGAGCGCUUCCAUAUGUCAAGAACGUUUCGGAAGCUGUUGGCCGCCUUCUCGCACCGCUGGGGGUUGGAGUUGCACACAGGCCAGAGGCAACCAUCAGGCGUCAACUGAUGAAACCAAAAGACCCACUGCCACGGCAAGGAACGUCUGGAAUCGUUUAUCGGAUCUGGUGCAGUUGCGGACGAAGCAACUACGUCGGAGAAACCGGAAGACAGCUCCGAACGCGAAUGGCCGAACACGCUGCAUCAGUGCGGAGAAAUGACGCCAGCUCUCAGGUUGCGGCUCAUUCGACGGGUUCCGGCCACACAUUCAAACUUGACGAGGCCGAAAUUCUCGCAAGAGGUGACAACCGCGUGAGCCGGGAGCUGCUUGAGUCAUGGUUCACUGGCCCCCAGUCUAUUAACAAGUGCAAUGAUCUUCCCAUUCAAUACAGCGUGCUGAGACUUCGUCUAGGCGGAGAAAUUGGCCACGCGGGGAGCGCCCUGAUGAACACUCUUCCCAGCACCCGGGUCAGCGCGUCAGAUGGUCGAGCAAUCAUCACACCAACAUCCAACGCACGUGAUGAAAUUGCAGCAAUUAACGACGCGAAUAUCGACCAUCACGCCACGUGCAACGAUCCCUGA